AAGGCUGAUGAUGUAAUGUCCAGGAGUCAAGGGUCAAAGGGAAGCACGCAGGAUGGAGGGAAACUGCCCAUCCCUUCUCGUCCCCCACUCUCUCUUUGUCUCAUUCACACGCAUAUACUAGCAGGUGAGUCAGCAGAGCUUGGAGAACAAACAGCGGAACCGCAUCAACUGAGUGACCCCCCCCCACAGGAUGAGGCCUCACCUCACUUCCAGGGUUUUUUGUCUAUCAUGUGCUCUCAGAUCCUCCACGUUACAUGCACCCUUUAGGCAUAUGUUUUGUUGGACUUUGCUUCUAACUAUUCAUUUAAAAGCUUUCAACCCCAGCCUGCUCUAAAUCUUUCCAUGAUCUUGGCAACAUGACAGCAUGUGGUACUUGGUUGGUUCAUUUGAGCCACUGCCAAUGGCCAUCUCAUCUGCUUCAAGCGGAACAUCUGCAUGCCAGAUGUCUGUGUCCAGACAGAGUUUAAAUGCUACUAGUCCUAGAGAUAUACCGUGCUUGCUUACAUUAGCUAUAGGUUAUUCUGUAAGACUUUAUAUUAUGGUGUAGCCUACUUACAAUUAUUUAUUAAGGGGUUUAAACUGUCAAUUAUAAGUGUAUAGAUAGUUUAUGAAUAUGUAAUGAACAUGUUUAAAACAUUGGUUGCAAUUGUAUGCUUGUCAUUUAACUUUUUGGCCAAAAACUAUAUGAACUCAAAUGGUCCUGUGUGGCUCAAUUGGUAGUGUGGCUUUUGCAACGCCAGGGUUGUGGCUUCGAUUCCCAUGGGGGACCAGUACAAAAAAUGGAUGCACUCACUACUAUAAGUCACUCUGGAUAAGAGAGUCUGUUAAAUGACUAGAAUGUAUCAAACUGAGAACUCAAACUAUAGGCAUGGCAUUCUCAGUAUGUUGGGAGGGUCUACGCCAGGCUUCCUCAAUAGGCGGGCCGCAGGUGAUUUUUGUUGUUGGAUAUUAAAUACUGUAAAAUCACGAGGAAAUCGUCUCAAAAGUGGUUUUUAUUUAGGACAUCUGUUACGAAGUAUUCCCACGCAUAAAAAGUGAGCCAUAUGUGAUCGUAUCCCAAUGUAAACAAGGUUUGGAGUAAUUAUGUUUUGUCAAAGUCUGUUUGGGAUUCUUGUGGUUAAUUUGCAGUACAAAUGAUUUAUAACCAUGUUCAACCCCCCCAACAAUCCUUUCAAGGGAAAACCAGCCCAUGACUGAAUGUAAUUGGGACCCCUAUUCUAUGCUGUCAACAGCUAUUACAUCUAGAUAAUGCAACAAUAUACACUAUAUAUACAAAAUUAUGUGGAUAUCCCCUCAAAUUAGUUGAUUUGACUAUUUCAGCCACACCCGUUGCUGACAGGUGUGUAAAAUCGAGCACACAGCCAUGCAAUAUUCAUAGGUAAAUAUUGGCAGUAAAAUGGCUCAGUGACUUUCAACAUGGUACUGUCAUAGGAUGACACCCUUCCAACAAGUCCGUUAAUCAAAUUUCUUCCCUGCUUGAGCUGCCUGGGUCAACAGGUCAGUUGCGAAGUCGUAGGCCACAAUCUCACAGAACGGGGAUGCCGAGUGCUGAAGCGCGUAAUGCGUAAAAAUCGUCUGUCUUCGGUUGUAACACUCUCCCCUGAGUUCCAAAUUGCCACUGGAAGCAACGUUUGUACACAAACUGUUAGUUGGGAGCUUCAUGAAAUGGGUUUCCAUGGCAUAGCAGCCUCACACAAGCCUAAGAUCACCAUGCACAAUGCCAAGUGUUGGCUGGAGUGGUGUAAAGCUCGCCUCCAUUGGACUCUGGAGCAGUGGAAACACAUUCUCUGGAGUGAUAAAUCACGCUUCACCAUCCGGCAGUCUGAAGGACGAAUCUGGGUUUGGUGGAUGCCAGGAAAAUGCUACCUGCCCCAAUGCAUAGUGCCGACUGUAAAGUUUGGUGGAGGAGGAAUAAUGGUCUGGGGGUGUUUUUCAUGGUUCAGGCUCUAAGUUCCAGUGAAGGAAAAUCUUAAUGCUACAGCAUAUAAUGACAUUCUAGACGAUUCUGUGCUUCCAACUUUGUGGCAACUGUUUGAGAAAGGCCCUUUCCUGUUUCAGCAUGACGAUGCCCCGUGCACAUAAAACAAAGUCCAUACAGAAAUGGUUUGUCAAGAUCGGUGUGGAAGAACUUGACUGGCCUGCACAGAGCCCUGACAUCAACCCCAUCAAACACCUUUGGGAUGAACUGUACCGCAGACUGCGAGCCAGACCUCUCUAAUGCUCUUGUGGCUGAAUGGAAGCAAGUCCCUGCAGCAUUGUUCCAACAUCGAGUGGAAAACCUUCCCAGAAGAGUGGAGGCUGUUAUAGCAGCAAAGGGGGGACCAACUCCAUAUUAAUUUUGGAAUGAGAUGUUCAACAAGCAGGUGUCCACGUACUUUUGGUCAUGUAUAUUGCAUCUGUUUUCAAUGACAAAAUUGGAAACGUUUUGGACUGACUCAUUCUGAAGUGUUCAACUGACAAAUUAAAGGAACUAUUUUCAAUUAAAAACUGGAAAGAAAUAUUAACUGGAAAGAAAUAUAAUAUAAGAUAUUAAACCUAGGUUAGUUCAAUUAUGUUGGUGUCAUACAAUAUAUUAAGAACCACUUGACACGCCUACAGUACAAAUAUCAUAAUUGUACGGUUUAGUUCGCCACUCCCCCCUUUUCAUGCUGAAUGGAACAUCCUGAAGUGGUCCAGUCUCCGGCUAGUCCAGGGUAGGCGUUUCGUGCAACUGAACUGACAACAGUACAAGGUUUACGGGUACACUCACUGUCGUUUCAAGUUGUAAAGUACAGUAAUAAUACACGCCAGUGACAUAAAUGAAGUACCAGUGUUUUUACCUAUUAUUGCAGGGAUCACUUAAAGUUUGUUUCAUUCACUUUUCUCCAACUUAUCUUGAGGAAAGACAAACGUGGCUUGGAAUAUAGCAGGACUCCAUCUUUUGGGAAUGCUUCCUCGUUUCUGUAAAGACAGGAGAGCAGAGUGAAAAGAUAUUCAUUCCCCACAAAAGUCAUGUUGUACUGGACUGUACUGCCUGAUUGGAAAGUAUUGUUGUCGGUGACUCUUCUAUGGGACUGCUGCUUCUGUGCUGAGGAACUGAAGCCCACAAGAUGGCCACUGUAUCCCCAAAAGCCUCUGGUCCUGGCCUGGAAUGCCCCGACGGAGGACUGCGGCCCGCGGCACGGUAUCCAUUUUCAGCUGGAGCAGUUCCAGAUUGUGGCGUCGCCCAAUGAGGGCUUUGUCCGCCAGAACCUCACCAUAUUUUACAAGGACCGCUUAGGGUUGUACCCCUACUAUGACGAGCCUGAUGGUACAGCCAUGAACGGUGGGCUCCCGCAGGUUGCCAGUCUCACUCAGCAUCUGGAGAAGAUGCCGGAGGGCAUUCAGUAUUACAUACGUGAACCAGGGGCCAAGGGACUGGCAGUUAUUGACUGGGAGGAAUGGAGACCACUGUGGAUCCGCAACUGGGACUUCAAGGAUGUGUACCGCAGACAGUCACGCCAGCUGGUGGCUGAGAAGAACCUAGCUUGGCCCGCAGAGCGUGUGGCUAAGGUGGCCCAGCAGGAGUUUGAGAUGUCGGCCCGGAAGUUCAUGCUGGAGACCCUGAGGCUGGCCAAGAGCCUGCGGCCCAACCAGCUGUGGGGGUUCUACCUGUUCCCAGACUGCUAUAACCACGACUACAGGAUCACUCUGGAGAACUACACAGGCCGCUGCCCUGACGUGGAGGUGGCCCGGAAUGAAAUGCUCAAAUGGCUGUGGACUGAGAGUACAGCCCUCUUCCCUUCCGUAUACAUGAGCACAGUGCUACGCUCUUCGCCCUCUGGGCGCCAGUUUGUCCGGAACCGGGUGAAGGAGGGGAUGCGUCUGGCAUCAGGGGGAGACGGGCUGGCACGUCCUGUCUUUGUGUAUGCCCGGCCCACCUACGCCAACGUAUUGGACCUGCUGACAGAGACGGACCUGGUCUCCACCAUCGGGGAGAGUGUGGCUCUUGGGGCUGCAGGCAUCAUCCUCUGGGGAGACCAUGCUUAUGCAGGCAGCAAGACCAGUUGCUUCAGUCUGAAUGAGUACCUACAGGGUCCGCUGGGCCGGUACCUGCUCAAUGUCUCCACGGCAGCAGAGCUGUGCAGCCAGAGGCUGUGCGGUUCCCAAGGACGCUGCCUGCGCAGACACCCUGACACUGACGCCUACCUGCACCUCAGCCCCCUCACCCACAACAUAGUCAGCCUGGAAAAUGGCAAAUUCAAGGUUCAAACUCUAGGUCAGCUUGGGGAAGAGGAGAUAAUGGGCUUUCAUAGAGAGUUUCAGUGCCAGUGCUAUAGUGGCUACCAGGGAGAGGGUUGUGGCCAGAGAGACCCCCUACAACAGAGAGGUAUCGCACCUUCAGUCAUGGGGACAUGGGUUCACUGUCUGCUCCUGCUACUCCUCACACUCCUGCUCUGACUGAUUGCAUACAUACAUAGUUCAUACAGCUACAUUUAAAAUGAUUUAAUGUGUAUUGGUAUACACAUGACAUUAUCUACACACUUCCACAAAAUGCACAAACAUUAUAUACAUGCACUCGGACAAAUGCAAAUGUAUUCACUGGGGCCCAGGAUGCUGUAAGGUUGGUGAAUCUAUGAUUAGAUGGUGGAACACUGUGGAACACGUACGUAGAGUUAUGGUUGUUUGUGUGUUUUGAUUUUCUUGAUACAUUGGAGGGCUCGCUGGAAAUAACUUUGUUUACAUUGCUCUCUCGCUCUUUCUCAGUCCCAACAAUAUAUAUCUCUCUCAUGCCUGUCUCUUCUUCCCACCCCCCUCCCCUUUCCUUUCUACAACCCCUCCCCUUUUAAGUUGUAAUUUUCUCAUGAUCCCAGUUUGUUUUUGUGUGGUAGUUUUCAGCUUAUGAUGUAUGUACAGGUUUGUGUUAUGUGUGUGUGCCAAAAUGGGACAGAUGCACUUGAAUCUUUUUAAUAGCACAAAAUAGUACUUAGUGCCUGACCUUUGACAUGUUUAUCUUUAGGUAAAAGUUCAUAUUUAUAUGAAUGUAUUUUCACACAAGAAAAAAGCUUUUGUUAUUUUAUGACAAAUAUUAUGACAAAAACAAGACUACUAUUUUCUCUCCAGAAUUGUGCAUCUAUUUUACUUUGUACUGUGUUUCAAUCUUUCAAAAUAAAUCAAAGCCUUAACAACA